CAUGAACGCGCCUCCGGCCUUCGAGUCCUUCCUCCUCUUCGAGGGCGAGAAGAAGAUCUCCAUCAACAAGGACACGAAGGUGCCCAACGCCUGCCUGUUCACCAUCAACAAGGAGGACCACACGCUGGGGAACAUCAUCAAGUCGCAGUUACUGAAGGACCCCCAAGUGUUGUUUGCAGGGUACAAGGUCCCGCACCCGCUGGAACACAAGAUCAUCAUCCGUGUCCAAACCACCCCUGACUACAGCCCACAAGAGGCGUUCACCAAUGCCAUCACAGAUCUGAUCAGCGAGCUCUCCCUCCUGGAGGAGAGGUUCAGGGUUGCCAUUAAAGACAAACAGGAAGGAAUCGAGUAAAAUCACCCUGCUUAGAGCAGGCUCUACUUCCGAGGCAGAACCAUGUGGCUGUUUGUUAGGUGAAUCAUGGAUUCAAACUCCCAUUCAUGGCCAAUAUUUUCCCCCUUAACCCACUCAGGUUUAAGCAGCAGUGGUGUUUUGAGUUUGUUUUUUUGGUGAUAUAUUUUGCCAAGAGGAGAACUGUCAUGUCUGAGCUGAUGGAUAAGGCAUUAAAAUGAUUUCUACUUUCCCAA